AUGACUCAUCCGUUAAGAGUAGAUGAUUUUGUUGACGAACUUCGAAAAUACGAUAGAAAAGAAGACUUUAUGGCUGUAAUGAGAUCAUACGAAUAAAGGUAUUCUUAAAUUCAUAAUUAGAUAUUAUGAUUAAUUUGAAUAAUUUGCAAAUAAUAAUUUUCCUCCUGAAUUAUAGAGAUAGCAAAUGCCGAAACAGGAAUAACUAUUCAAAUAAUAACCUUAAUAUUAAAAACCUCCUGUUGUUCGCUCUAGUUCAGCAAAUAAAUUAGAUUACUAAGAUCAAUACUAAAUAUUUCCUUAAUAGCCAAUUUAACAACCUUAAAUACCUUAAAGACCAUAAUCAAGAGGAGAAAUUUAAGAUCCUUUUAAGAGACCACAAGAGCAAUUUGACUAUCGAUUGAGUCCUGUUGCGUAGCAGGAUCCCUUUAGAGGUUUAAAUAAAUAGCAAUAUAUUUCACAACAAAGAAGCCCUGCCUAGAUUCCUACUCAAUAAGCACCAUUUUCCCCCUUUCAAGGUUAAACUGUAACAAAUAAUGCCUAAUAAAUUGGUCUGCCUUUUAAUAACCAGGUUGGAGUUCCAAACAACAAUCCACAGUUCCCAAAUUAUGGAGCUUAAUAACAAUAAUUUUAUGAACAACCAAUAUAUCAAUAAUAGCAAACUUUAUCAUACCCAAAAACAGUGCCAAACUAAUAAUAGUAAAUGGAUGCCUUUCUUAAUGAUAUAAGAUCUUAGAGGAUCUAGAAGUAAUAACAAUACAAAUGA